UAUGUUGGGUUUUGAAAGAAAAUUUUUUUUCUUGUUUUUGUUUUCUAAUUAAAAUCAAUGUUUUUUUCUUUAAUUGUUCAUCUCUUAAUUGUAGAUUAUUUUAACUUGUUUUCUCUUAUUUGAUUAAGGAUCCAUAGUGUUUAGUGCGACAGUUUAAUAAGCAUGGCAGACGUUUGGGACAUCAUGGGUGGUUUACCUUCAGCUCCAUCAGGAGCUGGUAAUCAACAAGGAGCUGAUAUGAGGAGACAAAAGAUUAAGAAAAUGAAACCUGAAGGAAUGACUCGAGAAUUGUUUGCAUUACUUACCGAUGAUAAUAAUGACGGUGCUCCGAUUACACACACUGAUUUUAACCCUGUUGGUAAUUUAACUGAUGGUUAUAAACAAAUUAAAGCCAAAUUGGGAUUGAAAAAAGUUCGCCCCUGGAAAUGGGUUCUCUUUUCAAACUCAGGGAGAACCGAUGGUUUCAAGUUAUCUCAUUGGCGUAGAGUUGCCGAUGAAGGGAAAGAUUAUCCUUUUGCUAGAUUUUCAACAAAAGUUAUGAUUCCAUCUUAUACAGAAGUUGAAUAUCAGCAACAUCUUCAAACUGAUUCUUGGACAAAAGCUGAAACUGAUCAUCUUUUUGCUCUUUGUAAACGAUUUGAUUUAAGAUUUAUCGUGAUACAUGAUAGGUGGGAUAGAUCAACAUUUCCAUUGCCUCGAAGUGUUGAAGAUUUAAAGGAAAGAUAUUAUACAAUUGUUAAUUCUCUAGCUGAGAUUAGAGCACCGCCAGGACAAGAACCGAAAAUGAAAUAUUUCGAUGCUGAUCAUGAAAGGAAAAGAAAAGAACAAUUAACUAAAUUAUAUGAUAGAACAAGUGAACAAGUUGAAGAAGAGCAAAAACUAUUAGAAGAAUUGCGAAAAAUAGAGACUCGGAAAAAAGAGAGGGAAAAGAAAACACAAGAUCUACAAAAGUUGAUCGCCGCAGCGGAUAAAAAUUCCGACAAUUCGAAAGCAGAUACUCCUGGAGCGAACAAAAAUCCAGGUCCCGGUCGCCCUGGUCCAGGAAGAGGCAGGAAAAGGACAUCUCAUCUUAAACUCAAUGCCGUCGGUAAAAGUGCCGAUACAUCAACACCAAGCGCUACCAAUAUUCUGGAAUCGGUUGGAAUUAAGUUUCCCGAAGUUAAAUCUAGUGGUGUUAGUUUACGUUCGCAUAAGAUGAAAUUACCGGGAUCGGUUGGUACAAAGAAAUCAAAGGCUAUCGAACAAUUAUUAAUAGAAUUGAAUGUUGAUCUUAAACCGAUGCCAACGGAGGAAAUUUGUCAACAUUUCAACGAACUUAGAUCUGAUAUGGUUCUACUUUACGAACUUAAAAUGGCUCUUGCCUCAUCAGAAUUUGAACUUCAAACUCUUAAACAUCAAUUCGAAGCUCUUGCUCCCGGAUGUUCAAAUCAGAUAAUUCCAGCAAUUGAAUCAUCUUUAACUGCGACCACAACUGGUGAUGAUACGACUAAUCUAUCGGCGACUCCGGAUACUCCUAAGAAAAUUUCCGAAAUAAUUGAUGUUGAUUCUGGUCCUGGUUCAUCGAUUCGUAAGAGAAAAGCUGCUCUACAACAGGAAAAUCUAUUGAAAAAGCUCAAGAAAAAUUGAAAUUGAUGGACAUACAAAAUCUCAACGAUUAGGACAUUUACAUCCUGUUUAACUUUAAAUUAUUUCCAAUCACAAACAAAAGGUUGCAAUCGAUUCGCAAUCAAAUUUGUACUCUCACAAAAAAAAAAUAAAAGUACAUGUACAGUCAUUGAAAAA